AUGAAGCACAACUCUAUUGUUGCAUACAAGGUGCGGCUAGAAGAUGUACGAAAGCACCUUCGGGCUAAGUUCAAUGACCAGACCAUUGAGGUCGAGGCUGAGAAAGACGAAAUCUAUGAUCUAGCGCCAUGA